UUAACUCGAGCUGCUUCAGGCCACCAGCUGACUUGUGGGUUCAAAGUGGACGUAUAAAAGCCCGGCGUAGUGCUACAUGUCAUACGCAGAUCAUCUUUUAUCUCCAAACACCAAACUACUCUGUUUCGACAUGAAGUCUGUACUUGUCACCUUCUCAUUGCUGAGCUUGUUGGUUGUCUCUGACGCUUGGUUUCUCAACCUGAAAUCUGAUAAAAAAGACAAACUGGGCAAGGUGACACCAGAACCUGACACACGAAAGGUUAUUCUCGUAGCCAGAAAGGUCUACGUUCCCAUGUACGUCUCUGACGAUACUCACACAUCAGACAUGUCUGGACGUUUGUUGCCCGUCUCUCCUGUACUGGCCACUCCUGGAGCUGUAAUGGGAGGACAACAGCAACCGUUUGACUACUCUUCGAUGUAUUAUCAACCUCCAGUUGUUGCGUAUUCCAUGUCCGGUCCAGCCUCAGGUGAUGUGUCAGCAGCUUACGUAGCUCAUUCAGCCUAUGCUGCCCCGGUGCCAGUCCCCGUCAACGUAGAUGCAGCUAUGCAGCCAUAUGCAUUCUAUCCUGGUGGAUAUGGUGCUGCUGGCCCACAAUACGUGCAAUAUACUAGUGCAGCAUCAGCACCUGAGACAUGGGUGAUGCAGUACCCAGGUGGUGAGGCUGUUCCAGCUGGACUAUAUCCCCCAACUGAAGCCAACGGUGACGCUGUAACACAGGAAGUUACUGCUUCAGCUCAGCCAACUGAAACAAAUCCAAAUGUUUGACCACAUUGAUUGCAAUAUUGUUUUAACCUCAUUUUUACUGUAUUUUAAUUUUAUUUGAAUUAUGUAACGGACAAGAUCGAUGUGCUCUAUGACCACGAAUAAAAACGCUAUGAACUAA